UACUGGAUCAGGUCGCCUUGCCGCCGGGCUGCGCCGCGCCGCGCCGCGCCUCCCGCCUCGCCUCCGAUGCCGGGUUCGACCAAGGCGGCACGCGCCGUGGCGCCACUGGAGGCCUCGCGUGGGGCCCUGAUGGCGGUCCACGCGGCCGCGGGCUUGGCCGCCGCAGGAGGGAUGCGUGACUCGGCACGCCUCCUGCGUGCGGCGGAGGGGUUCGUCCGCACGGCUGUGGCCGAGCUGGUCGGGCAGCCCACCCCUCCCGCCGAGGUCGGCGCGGGUCCCCAGGCGGUGCCGCCUCGGCGCCGUCGCCCGCGCGGCCGCGGUGGUCGGAUGGAGGUGGACUCGCGCUUCCAGCUGCAGGACGUCGUGGAGGAGAAGCCCCUGGGUGGCGGUGCGGCGGCGACGGCGGCGGCGGGCGUGGGGGCCCCCGCCGACGGCGGCGUGGCGGGUGCGGCGGCGGCGGCGGCGGCGGAGGCGGUGGUCCAGGAGGACAUGAAGCUCCCCUCCGACGUCGACGACGACGAGUGGGCAGAUGAGGUGCCCCCGAGGCGCACCCCGCACAUCCUGCGGGACGGCGACCGCGUUCGUCUUCGAGAUGGGCGCCAAGGGUCGGCGUACGGCGAUCCCAACGACGGCGUCGACCCGCACGGCUUCGUGUGCGUCCUGGUUGAGAGCGGCCGCCGCGCGACGGUGUGCGAGGUCGCCUUCGAGGACGCGCAGCCCUUCGUGGACGGUGCUGCCGCUGGGGCGGCGGCGGAAAGCUGCAAGAAGGGCAAGGGCAAGAAGAAGCGGUAAGUCCGACGCGGAGCUCGUCGGCGGCUCCUUCGUGCUCCUCAUCUGAGGAGGCGCCGAGCGCCGAGCUGGCGACGCCGCUGGCUCCCGCGCUGAGUGCCCGCGGCCGCGGGCGCUCGGGCGCGGCGGCCCCC